UGUCAGUGGGACUUUACGCGUUUCAGGCGGAGUUGAGAUCUUAAAACAUUUGUCCAAACUUCUUCCUCCACAUAUUUGAGCCCGGACACCCUCCUGCCCCCACAGGACUAACAGCUCAUGGGAUAUUUACAUUUUAACACAUUGUUUUGUACUUGAAAAGUACAGUUUUUUUUUUAAAAACCCACUCUCUGCUGUGAAGCGCUCCCAGGACUGGACUGACUUUUUUCUGCUUUAUAUUUUACUUUGUCUUUUUCCUCUCAGGACUUUUAUAAAGUCCACAUGCGAUGAGAAGAAAUAAACGAAAAAGUGAGAGUAGUUUUGCGGUGACGGCGACACAGUCUCAUUUGACAAUAUUUUUCUUUUUCUAAACCAGUUGAGCAACUGGCGACAGGACCGUAUAAUCAAUGUGGUGUCAGCUGGAAGGACGCGGGGUCCGGAUCUCACCUAAACGCUGAUACGUCUUGGGAGUGAUGCACUGGCUUCCCCUGGUUGCCAUGGUGAUUGCCUCGGCCCUGCCCUUCCCUCACAGCCCCUUGUCCAGGAUUACUGCUGCGACGACAGAGCCUGGCUCCGACAACCGCAGAGAGCAUCGUCAUGACCCGGCUGCUCGCCUCGCAGCUCCCACCACGAACUACAACUUUCACGGAAACGCCUCACAGACGAACUUCGACAUGGCUGCUGCUCUAAGCCAACACACCAACGGACAAAACCUCCAGAACCACAAGGAUUAUGUGAAAUCCUCCGCACAUGAAGAGACCUCCAUGUUCAAGGUGGAGAAUCAAGGAACCUACCAAUCAAAUAGCAACUCAGGCAGCGAUGGCAAAAGCAGCGUCAGUUUGGAUGUUCCCACUGAAGGACGAACACUCAGGACCGAGGAUAUUUCCGAGGAUAAUUCUCUACCAAAGGACUACAAGGCUGACAGCAGCAGCAGCAGCAGCAGCAGGCAAGAUUACUCCGGUUCCAUGGACUCUUCCAAGAAGGACACUGUUCAGGACUCAACAGAUCGACCGUUGCAGGUUUCUUCAGCGGAAAACCAAAAUACUUUUAGCCCUGCAUUAACUCUAAAGGGUCCAAGAGGACCAGAACCAACUGUUCCUUCAGAGCAGGGGUCUAGAAGAGGUCAGGCUGAGCAAAGCUUGAACCUGGAGACAGGGCUGGGCCUUGGGAUCGGGCUGGACAACAUCCUCGAAGGAGACGAGAUGUUUUUGGACGCACAUCCACGAGUCCUGUUCUCACCCUCCCUGUCUCCUCCAGAACACCCCCCUCUUCUUCUAAUGUUGGAGACCGGCCCGCUGGAGGAGGUUGGGGGUGUGGAGGAGCAGGAGGACAUGGAUGGGCACAUCGAGGGUCACGGGGAUCGGGCAAUCGACAGGAGCACGACUCCGAGUUGGGCCGAUUCUUCCAGAGGAAAUAGUGAGGUCGCCCAUCCUGUUAAGCGGGAUAAACGCUCGCACUCGAUUGACAGACGGAGAGGGGAAAAGUCAGUAUGCGAGUCGGAAAGCGUUUGGGUCACCGACAAGAAGAACGCCACCGACUCCCAUGGUCAGAAGGUCACCAUCUUGCAGGAAAUCCAAACCCAAACAGGACCACUCAAACAGUUCUUUUAUGAGACUCGCUGUCGCCAGCCCGAGCCGCAGAGCAAUACUGGCAAAUCCAGAUCCCCACCGAUGGGCGUAGCCGGGUCGGGUUGCUUGGGCGUGGACAAAAGGCAGUGGUUGAGUGAGUGUAAACCCAAGCAGUCGUUUGUACGAGCGCUCACCAAAGACGCAAGAAACAGAACCGGAUGGAGGUGGAUCCGCAUCGACUCGUCCUGCGUCUGUGUGCUGCUGUCCAGAGCCAAUCAGGCACCAGGGAGGGAGGUUUUGAUGAGGAAGGGGAGAGGGUGAGAGAGAGGGAAGUAGAGAGAGAGAGAGGGAGGAAGAGAGGAAGGCAAGACAUAGAAAGUGACACACAGUAGAGCAGCAGUGACAUCCCUCUGUGUGCGCUCUCACUUGCUGGUUUCCUGAAAACGAUGGAGGUGGUUCCAGCCUUAACUCACAACUUUUCUCUCUUUUUUCCGCUCCCUGCAUCCGACACAGCGUCAAAUGACUUUAAAAAAAAAACGAGAAGACCUCAACACUAGAUCUUAGGGAAAAUUGUCAUUUAUAGAGAUUUGACUUUAAAAAGUACUGUUUUUGUAAGAUUUAUCUUUCAUAAUCUAAGUUAUUUUUGAUUAGUAUGUAAGCAUGUGUAUGUCUCUGAUAUUAAUAUAUUCCUUUAUAUAUAUAUAUAUAUAUAUAUAUAUAUGUGUAAAAUAUGACACCAGUAUACCUUUAUGUAUGAAGCUAUGUAUAUCUGUGUGUAUUUAUAGAAGAAGUGUCUGAUGAUAAUUCCAGCCUCUGGUCCACUCGGAUUGUGAGAGGAAGGAGCGCCACCUACUGAGGCUCCGUUUUACUGCUCCACACUGUUUCCAUUCUGGAUUACUAUGAAUGUUGUAAUCAGUGCUUUUUAGAGUCAACAUGUAUUCGACAUGCAAAUUACAGCGUGGGCACAUUUUUUUUAGCAUGAUCUCACUCAGGAUGCUGAUGUGACAUUUUUGUGGCAGGAUGCAUCUGUGUUUGUCAAUGACAUUACACAUUUAACCAUCUGCUGGUUUGCUCAGUUGGCCUGCCAAACAUGGUAAUAAAAGAUCUUGUACUCGAUGUUAACAGGUUAUCUGAUAUUUUAAAGAACAAAUGCUGAAUUUAUCUGCUGAUGAAAGUGAGUAAAUAUCAUUUUUCCCCCUUCUGUAAUCGGUUUCCUAUUAUAGGACACGGAAAAAUCAAACUACAGCUACAUGAAAUGCACAUUCAGACCUGUUAUGUAAAUAAAAAUUUAAUACAAAAAUUCAAAUAUUCAAAUGCAAGUUAACGUCCUGUUUGUUUUUUUGUGUGUGAAAUCUGAACCUGCAAAG